AUGGCCGCCCCAUUACUCGGCGAAAUGUCCCCAGCGGAAGCAGAAUCCGUCUAUUUCAACGAAUACCCCCCACCAAAGGCCCUACCACGACAUGAAGCGCUGGCACGCGUAUUCAUUGACCUGCACGUGGAGGAGAAUCGACGCGUAGUACUCGUCACAUCCGGCGGCACAACAGUACCACUUGAAGCGCAAACCGUACGGUUCAUCGACAACUUCUCCGCGGGAACUCGAGGCGCCACAUCAGCCGAGUACUUCCUCGAGCAGGGAUACGCAGUGAUCUUCCUACACCGACAAUACAGUCUCCUACCAUACUCGCGACACUACAGCCACUCGACCAAUUGCUUCCUGGACUUCAUGGAUGAGGCGCCGGCGUCGGCGGACUCCUCCAACCCUGGCCAUGGACCUAUCAUGGUGCGCGACGAGUACCAAGACGAGAUGCGCAGCGUGCUGCGGAAAUACCGGUACGCAAAGCAGAACAAUCGUCUACUCUUGUUGCCAUUCACGACCGUCUCGGAAUACAUGUUCGAGCUGCGGUCAAUCGCGAAGCUGAUGCAGCCGCUUGGCCCGAAUGCGCUCUUCUACCUUGCCGCUGCCGUCAGCGAUUUCUUCAUCCCGCGCAGUCGCAUGGCAGAGCAUAAGAUCCAGUCUGGUGAGCUGCCUCCGCAUAUGCGAGGCAGCGUAAUCCCAUCGGAUGAGAUCUACACGGGUGAGAACGAAGAAAAGCCCUCGUCGAAUAGCAAGAAGCUCGUCGUCAACCUCGACCCCGUGCCUAAGUUCCUGCACCAGUUGGUGGAUGGCUGGGCUCCGGAGGGGAGUAUGAUUGUCUCGUUUAAGCUGGAGACAGAUCCCUCGCUGCUUGUAUACAAGGCGCUCACUGCGCUGCAGCGCUACUCCCACCACCUAGUGAUUGGCAAUUUGCUUUCGACGCGCAAGUGGGAGGUCGUUUUCAUUACCCCCGAUGAGCCGCAUGAGCGCUGGCUCCGGGUUCCCAAGUCCAGGCGCAGCAAGAGUAUCUCUGGUGUUGAGGAUCAGGUUGGGUUGGCGGAGGCUAAGAAGGGAAAUUCGUCGACGCUGGAGCAGGCGGAGGCUGAGAAAAUUAAUGAGAGCAGCCGGGAUGGAAUUGAGAUUGAGAGUCUUAUUAUUCCGGAGUUGGUUAAGCUGCACUCGAAGAUGAUUGAGAAGAAGACGCAACCUGCGCAGUGA